CUGGGCUGUCAGCGGCGGGCAGAGGAGGAAGCAGCGGGCAGCGCGCGGAGCUAGGGGCGGGACCUGGAGGCCUGCGAAGGGUCGGGCGGCAGAGACCCGGCCAUGCGGGGGUGCGGGGGUUUGGGGCCGCCGGGGCCAGUGGUGGUGGCCGCCGCUGUGGUGCUGCUGCUGAGUGGCGUGGGUCCGGCACGCGCCUCCGAGGACAUCGUGGUGGGCUGCGGGGGCUUCGUCAAGUCGGACGUGGAGAUCAACUACUCGCUCAUCGAGAUAAAGUUGUAUACCAAGCACGGGACUUUGAAAUACCAGACAGACUGUGCCCCUAAUAAUGGUUACUUUAUGAUCCCCUUGUACGAUAAGGGAGAUUUCAUUCUGAAGAUUGAGCCUCCCCUAGGGUGGAGUUUUGAGCCAACAAACGUGGAGCUCUACGUGGACGGCGUCAGCGACAUCUGCACAAAGGGCGGGGACAUCAACUUUGUGUUCACGGGGUUCUCUGUGAAUGGAAAGGUUCUCAGCAAAGGGCAGCCCCUGGGCCCUGCAGGAGUUCAGGUGUCUCUGAGAAACACGGGGACCGAAGCGAAGAUCCAGUCCACCGUGACCCAGCCUGGUGGAAAGUUUGCAUUUUUUAAAGUUCUUCCUGGAGAUUAUGAAAUUCUUGCAACUCAUCCAACCUGGGCAUUGAAGGAGGCGAGCACCACCGUGCGGGUGACCAAUUCCAACGCCCACGCUGCCAGCCCCCUCAUCGUAGCCGGCUACAAUGUGUCUGGGUCAGUCCGCAGCGACGGGGAGCCCAUGAAAGGGGUGAAGUUCCUUCUCUUCUCAUCUGUAGUAUCCAAAGAGGAUGUCCUGGGCUGCAACAUCUCACCAGUGCCCGGCUUCCAGCCCCAAGACGAGAGUCUGGUGUAUUUGUGCUUUGUGGUCUCCAAAGAAGAUGGCUCCUUCUCCUUCUAUUCCUUGCCAAGUGGGGACUACACUGUGAUCCCCUUCUAUAGAGGAGAGAGGAUCACCUUUGAUGUUGCUCCUUCUAGACGUGACUUUACAGUGGAACACGACAGCCUGAAAAUUGAGCCCGUGUUCCACGUCAUGGGAUUCUCAGUCACCGGGAGGGUCUUGAAUGGACCUGAAGGAGAAGGUGUUCCGGAGGCAGUGGUCACUCUGAAUAACCAGAUCAAAGUCAAAACAAAAGCCGAUGGCUCAUUCCGCCUGGAGAACAUCACGACUGGGACAUACACCAUCCACGCUCAGAAAGAGCACCUCUACUUUGAAACUGUCACCAUCAAAAUUGCGCCUAACACACCUCAGCUGGCUGACAUCAUUGCAACAGGGUUCAGUGUCUGUGGCCAGAUUUCAAUCACUCGCCUCCCUGACACUGUCAAGCAGAUGAGCAAAUACAAAGCUGUCCUGUCGUCUCAAGACAAGGACAAGUCUUUGGUCACCGUGGAGACAGAUGCUCGUGGAUCAUUUUGUUUUAAAGCAAAGCCAGGGACCUACAAAGUCCAGGUGAUGGUCCCUGAGGUGGAGACCAGAGCGGGGCUGACCUUGAAACCCCAGACGUUUCCUCUUACUGUGACCAAUAGGCCCGUGAUGGACGUGGCCUUUGUACAGUUCUUGGCAUCGGUUUCUGGGAAAGUCUCUUGUUUGGACACCUGUGGUGACCUGCUGGUGACACUGCAGUCCCUGAGCCGCCAGGGCGAGAAGCGGAGCCUCCAGCUGUCCGGCAAGGUCAACUCAAUGACUUUUACCUUUGACAAUGUGCUUCCGGGAAAAUACAAAAUGAGCAUCAUGCAUGAAGAUUGGUGCUGGAAGAACAAGAGUCUGGAGGUGGAGGUUCUGGAAGACGAUGUGUCCACGAUUGAGUUUAGGCAGACGGGCUAUAUGCUGAGAUGUUCCCUUUCUCACGCAAUCACUCUGGAAUUUUAUCAGGAUGGAAAUGGACCUGAGAACGUGGGGAUUUAUAACCUCUCCAAAGGAGUCAACCGAUUCUGCCUGUCCAAGCCUGGUGUAUACAAGGUGACCCCCCGCUCCUGCCACCGGUUUGAGCAAGCAUUCUACACCUAUGACACGUCUUCACCCAGUAUCUUGACGUUGACAGCCAUCCGCCACCAUGUCCUUGGAACUAUCACCACUGACAAAAUGAUGGAUGUCACCGUGACAAUCAAAUCUUCCAUAGACAGUGAACCCGCCUUGGUCCUGGGCCCCCUGAAGUCCGUGCAGGAGCUGCGGAGGGAGCAGCAGCUGGCCGAGAUUGAGAGCCGCCGGCAGGAGAGGGAGAAGAACGGCGAGGACGACGCUGGGGAAGGAAGGACCAAACCCCCCGCGCAGGAGAUGGUCGACGAGUUGCAAGGCCCCUUCUCCUAUGACUUCUCUUACUGGGCACGGUCUGGAGAGAAAAUCACCGUCACACCCUCCUCUAAAGAGCUACUCUUCUAUCCCCCGUCCAUGGAAGCCACUGUCAGCGGAGAAAGUUGCCCAGGGAAGCUGAUUGAGAUCCACGGGAAAGCAGGCUUAUUUCUGGAAGGCCAGAUCCACCCGGAGUUGGAGGGAGUCGAGAUCGUCAUCAGUGAAAAGGGGGCGAGCUCACCCCUGAUCACAGUCUUCACUGAUGACAAAGGUGCCUAUAGCGUCGGGCCCCUGCACAGUGACCUGGAGUACACAGUGUCCUCGCAGAAGGAAGGCUACGUUUUGACCGCGGUCGAGGGAACCAUAGGAGACUUUAAGGCUUAUGCUUUGGCCGGCGUAAGCUUUGAGAUAAAGGCGGAAGAUGACCAGCCCCUCCCCGGGGUCCUCUUGUCCCUCAGUGGUGGUGUUUUUCGAUCCAACCUCUUGACUCAGGACAAUGGCAUUCUGACGUUCUCAAACCUGAGCCCUGGCCAGUAUUACUUCAAACCCAUGAUGAAGGAGUUCCGGUUUGAGCCGUCCUCACAAAUGAUCGAGGUGCAGGAGGGGCAGAACUUAAAGAUCUCCGUCACCGGGUACCGAACGGCCUACAGUUGCUAUGGUACGGUUUCUUCUUUAAACGGAGAACCAGAACAGGGUGUGGCCGUGGAAGCUGUGGGACAGAACGACUGCAGUAUUUAUGGAGAAGACACUGUGACGGAUGAGGAGGGCAAGUUCAGACUUCGUGGAUUGCUGCCGGGAUGUGUGUACCACGUGCAGCUCAAGGCAGAAGGCAACGAGCACAUCGAGCGGGCCCUCCCCCACCACCGGGAGAUAGCGGUCGGCAAUAACGACAUCGAUGAUGUAAACAUCAUAGUUUUCCGGCAGAUUAAUCAAUUCGACCUAAGUGGAAACGUGAUCACUUCCUCUGAGUAUCUCCCUACAUUAUGGGUAAAGCUUUACAAAAGUGAAAAUCUCGACAGCCCAAUGCACACGGUCUCCCUGGGCCAGUCUCUCUUCUUCCACUUCCCACCCCUGCUCCGGGACGGCCAGAAUUACGUUGUGCUGCUGGACUCCACGCUCCCCAGAUCCCAGUAUGACUAUGUCUUGCCUCAGGUGUCUUUCACUGCAGUGGGCUACCAUAAGCACAUCACCUUGGUCUUCAAUCCCACGAGGAAACUGCCUGAGCAAGACAUUGCACAGGGGUCCUACAUCGCCCUGCCUCUGACCCUGCUUGUCCUGUUGGCCGGCUACAACCACGAUAAGCUCAUUCCCUUGCUGUUGCAGUUGACAAGUCGACUACAGGGUGUGCGAGCUCUUGGCCAGACAGCCUCUGACAAUAGCGGCCCAGAAGAUGCAAAGAGACAAGCCAAGAAACAGAAGACAAGGCGGACGUGAGGAGGAGGAGGGGCAGGUGAAUCUCACGCGGGACAGGCCGCGGCCUAGGGGCUGCCACCACCCGCCGUUGGCAUUAAGCAUGCAUUCGACCAAGUUCAGCACGUGCUGUCGGCCCCAUGCUCCCGCCGGUGCAGCUGCCCGGGCCUGCCCUCCCUCGCCUAGCCCUUGGUGCAAUGCAAUGAAUGGACCCUCCUGUCACUCUGCUGAGCACACUUUAUUUUCUGAGUUGAAGAUAAUUUAUUAUUAGUAUUUUUGUCGAAGAAGUAUUUAAGCUGUGCUGGUGGUGUGAGAAUGUGAUUCUUCAUCUUCAGCACUCGUUUGUGAGAAUUGCAGUAAACGUGGGUUUUUGGUCCGCCAGCGAGGAACCUGCCAGAAUUCGCCUUGUCCCUUGACUUCCCCUGCACCUGAGACCCCUGCUGGAAACCGCACAGCCUGUAUCUACUACUAGGAGGUUGGGUAGGAGGUAAUGAUCAAUAAAAUUGCCCAUUCGUUCGUGUUGUA